AUGAGAGAACGUAAUACCAACGGAAGUGCAAACUUCCGCGGAGGACGCGAUAGACAAAAUGAAGCCGAUAGGAAUAAUAACAUGCCACCAGAGCUCAGUAUUCCUGAAAGAAAGAGAUUGCAACAAAGAACCACCAUUGAAAAUUUCAAGUCUUCUAAAUUAACAUAUGGAGGUAGUGACCAUUUAGUUUUUAUUAUUAGUGGAGAACGGAUUACAACAGUUUGGAAAAAUAAAUUGAAAAAAAGUCCUUGGCAUCAAAAUGAUGUUAGAAUUUUUAUUAGUUCAGCAUUAGUAACAGCUGAUUCUCAAAUAGCCAGUGAACUAGUGUCAAAAUUGAGUGAUUCUGGAAAUGGCCUAAAGAAAUUAAAAGAAAUUAUAAAAUUUCCUAUGUCGUGUAAUGCGGGACUUAAAGAAGGAGUAUUAUCUUUUCAAUAUGUUGUAUUACCUUUAUUGGGUUUGUUGACCAGAACAGCUAUUACUAAAUGUACUUUGGAGAAGCAUGUCGACACUAUUUAUAUGACUAUUUAUGAAAAUCUCGACUUAUUUCUUAAUAAGAAUGUAAUGAAAAUGUUGGAAAAGUUGGUUCAACGUAAUUCUAUUGAGGACAACUGUAUUAAUGUAGAUGCAUUAUUAUUACAUGAACGAUAUUCAUUCAUCCCAUCUUCUUUGGGAAUAUUCUUCUUAAUAAUUGUACGUUUUGUUGCAGAAUUAUUACGUCGUAUUAAAGAAGCAUCUGCUAAUGAGACAAUGCAAAAAAUUGUUCUCAAUUUACGUGAAUUAACGACUAAAUAUCAUCAAACAAUUGAACAACAUUGGUCAUCUUUGUCUUCAACAGAUCCAUUAAAUAAUUCGGAAAUCAGAAAAUAUUUUUUUAAGACAUUAGGAAAUGAAAUUGAUGAAAUUGAUGCAGUGAUUGAAGAGCUUAAUAAUGAACGUAAUAUUUCGGAAACUUAUGGCGCAACUAAUGAAUCUUCAAAUGAUUAUGAAAAAAGACAUAAUAAUGAUUUUGAUGAUAUUUCAAAAAUAUCAAUUAUUCCUACAGAAGAAGAAAUAUUAUGUGAUCAACAUCCUUAUUUACCUUCACUUUUUGACGAACGUCACUCUUUACCAAAUGGAGCGGCUAAAUUACUUGAUAGACAAUUUCGACUUUUAAGAGAAGAUAUGUUAAAUCCAAUUCGUGGUGUAAUAUCAAAUUUUUUGUCUUUAUUAUCAAGAAAUUAUUAUUUUUCUUUAAAUAAUAAUGGUAGAUUAUCUAAUGAGUUAAUGGGUGUACUAGAUAAAGGAAAAUUUACGUACAAUAAUAGCAAGAAUGAUAUAAAUGAUAAUGGUGAUUUACAAGUAUAUGCAAAUAUAGAAUUUAUUAAUAUUGGUUGUGAUAAAAGAGGUUUGUUUUGUACUCUAAAAUUUACUCCAAAACAUAAUUCAACAAGCUUAAGACAAAGAAGAAUAUAUUGGCAAAAUAGUAGAAAAUUAUUAUCUGGUAACCUAGUUGCUCUUUUAUUACCAAAUCCAAAUUUCAAACAAUCACCAUCGGAUAUUAACGGCAAUAUACCUAUGAAUGAUUCAGAAUUAUAUUCAAUUUAUUUCGGUGUAAUUAUGUCAAGAGAUGAAAUUACAGAUGAUCAUAUUAGAAUAAAUAUCAAUUUUGAUGAUCCAUCAAUUUAUCCUAUCGCAUUAAAUAAGGUUUCAAAAUUUCGUAAUUCAAUCAUGGUAAAUGAUUCAAAUAAUUCAACCAAAAAAAAAACUUAUUUAGUGGAAUCAACUAACAUCUAUUUUGAAGCUUAUUAUCAUGUCCUUAAAACACUUAAAACUACUUAUUCACUACCUUUAAAACGGUACUUAGCUCCAGAACUUGACCAUCAUCAAGCAAACGUUUGUAUUGAUGUUAAAGUUAAACCCCCUAAAUAUACUGAAGCACCAGGAUUUCUAUUUGAUCUAUCAGUUUUAUGUAAUGAUAAGCAACAGUGUUUAACAUUAAACGUUGCUAAUACACAUACUUACGAUGACGCAGCAAAAAAAAUUAAUGAAAACAGUAGAUUAGAUGAAUCUCAAGCUAAAGCAGUGAUAUCUGCUUUAACGCGUGAAAUUGCAUUAAUUGAAGGACCACCUGGUACCGGUAAAACUGUAGUUGGUAUUGAAAUAAUGAAAGUGUUAUUGGCCGAAAAUAAUCGAGCAAAUAUUGGUCCUAUUCUCACCAUUUGUUUUACUAAUCAUGCUCUUGACCAGUUCUUGGAGCAUUUACUUGAUCAAGAUAUAACAAAAAAUAUAGUGAGAUUGGGUACUCGAACAAAAUCUGAAAGAAUUAAAGAUUUUAUGCUAGGUAAAGUUAAACCUAAAAAUAGUGAAAUCCCUAUUUUAGUGGAAGCAAUGAAAGAUAUUGAAAAAGAAGUUGAUGAAAUAAAAUCUUCUUUUAAAUGUCGCGUAACAUGGAGCGACGUAUCCGAUUAUCUAAAAGACGGAUACAGAGAAUUUUAUAAUAAAUUUAGUAAUAUAACUCAUAUUGAUUUACCUGGUUGGGUCUUGGGAGAUUAUAACGCUGAAGAAACUGAUGAAGAUUCUGAAAUUGAUAAAGAUUUUCAAGAUAGUAAUGAUGAAGAAACUGAUGAUGAAGAUUUUUAUGAUGAUAGUGAUGAUGAGAUUGAGAAAUAUAUGGGCAAGUUUCAAAUAGUUCAAAGAAAGCAGACAUCUAUAUUUGAAAGAUGGUUAAAGGGAGAAGAUAUGAAAAGGAUCGAUGAGACUAUUAGAAAUUGGUCAAAUCAUGAAGAAAUAGAUUCAGAUGAUGAUGAAUUUUUCGAUGAAUAUGAUGAAAUACAAUACGCUAAAAAUUACGAAAAACCGAAUACAGACCGUCCUAUAGAUGUGUUAUUAAAGGAUUAUUCAAUUUGGCGAAUGUCAAGAGAAGAGAGACAAAAACUUCACAAUUAUUGGCGUGCAAAACUUGAUGAAGUAAGAUUAUUGAAUUUACAAACUGUGCAUGAAGAAUGUCGUCAAGAAUUGAAUAAUAUUUAUGAUGAAGCGCGUCGUCAUAUAUUAUUAAAUAGUGAUGUUAUUGGUAUGACAACAAGUGGUGCUGCUAAAUUUCAAAAUUUGAUUAAAUAUAUUGAUCCUAAAAUUAUUAUUUGUGAAGAAGCUGGUGAAGUUUUAGAAGCUCAUAUUCUUAGUGCAUUAACUCCUUCUACUCAACAUUUAAUAUUAAUAGGAGAUCACAAUCAACUACGACCUCAUGUUGCAACUUAUUCUCUUAGUAUGGAAUCAGACGUAGGAGAGAAUUAUCAAUUAGACAAAUCAUUAUUUGAAAGACUUGUUGAUGGUAAUAAUACAGUUAGAAUUGAUAAAACUAGGCUUCUAACUCAGAGACGUAUGAGAGGAGACAUUUCUGAUUUAAUCAGAUACACAAUUUAUGAUGAUCUAGAAGAUGGCGAAAACACUACUAAUUAUCCAAAUAUACGUGGAGUUCAGCAUAAUGUAUAUUUUAUUGAUCAUAGAUAUCGAGAGGAUAAUUCAGCAAUGCAGUCUCAUGUGAAUAUGUUUGAAGUUGAAAUGGUGGUAGAAAUGGUUAAAUAUUUCGUGAAAUAUGGAUAUACUAAACCUGAAGAUAUAGCUGUACUUACCCCUUAUUUAGGACAAAUGAGUAAAAUUAGGGAAGCUUUAUCUGAAUCAUUUGCUGUUGAUAUUGAUGAAAGAGACGCACAAGAUAUGGACGAUAUGGAGGAAGAGAAAAUUAAUACUCCAAAAUCAUUAAAUCAACGAGUUACACUAAGAACUGUUGAUAAUUUUCAAGGUGAAGAAGCAAAUAUAGUUAUAAUUUCAUUAGUUCGUAAUUACUCUGGCAAAAAAUAUAGUUCUAUCGGAUUUCUUAAAAGCAAAAAUAGAAGUAACGUAUUGUUGUCACGUGCUCGUGAAGGAAUGUAUCUUAUUGGUAAUGCCGACUUAAUGGCAUCAAAGUCUGAAUAUAUGUGGGCUCCUGUUGUUAAUAUUUUACGUGAGCGUAAUCAAGUUGGUCCCGGUAUGCCAAUCGUAUGUAAACAUCAUCUUGAUUGCAAGAACAUUAUUACAACCCCCGAACAAUUUGAUGAAGUUUGUUCUCCAACUGGAGGAUGCCGUAGUACUUGUGAUAUGCCACUUUCUUGCGGACAUACAUGUACCGAGGAAUGUCAUUUCAAUAAUCUUGACCAUAAUGGAGUUAAAUGUCGUAAGCCUUGUGAAAAAUUGCAUUCAGAAUGUGGACAUCAAUGUCGAAAACUUUGCUAUAAAGAUUGUGAUAUAUGUAGUGUUCCCGUUGGGAAUAUUACGUUGCCUUGUGGACAUACAUUUCAAAACGCUGAAUGUUGGCAAAAUAAAAUCAAAGAAGAUAUCAGAUGUAAAACCGUUAUUGAUAUUGUAUUAUCUGAUUGUGGUCAUCCAUUACAAAAUAUUGAAUGUUGGAGAGUUCAAAAUGAAGAGAAAUUUAUAUGUCACUUUCUAAUUGAUAUUACAUUACCUGAUUGUGGACAUCCAUAUCAAGAUGUUGAAUGUUGGAAAGUUCAAAAUAAUGAGAAAUUUACAUGUCAUUUUCCUAUUGAUAUUACGCUCCCUUGCGGACAUAUAUCUAAUAUUGAAUGUUGGAAAAGAAAGUUUAAAGAUUCGUUAAAAUGUUCUACUUCUACUGAUAUUACAUUACCCGAUUGUGGACAUGUAUUACAUCCUGAAUGUUGGAGAGUUCAAAAUAGAGAAAAGUUUACAUGUGAUCAUAUUGUUGACAUUACACUACCUUGCGGACAUAUAUUACCAGACGUCGAGUGUCGGCAAAAUAAGACCAAAGGAAAAAUCAAAUGUAAUAUUAUAAUUGAUAUUACAUUACCUGGUUGUGGACAUCCGUUACAAAAUGUUGAAUGUUGGAGAGUUCAAAAUAAAGAGAAAUUUAAAUGUCUAUCUCAAAUAAACAUUCUAUUAGAUUGUGGUCAUCCAUAUCGAAAUGUUGAAUGUUGGAGAGUUCAAAGUAAAGAGAUAUUUACAUGUCAUUGCAAAAUUGAUAUUAAAUUACCUUGUGGGCAUAUAGUACGCGAUGAAUGUUGGAGAAAACACGUUAAAGAGACAAUCAAAUGCAAAACUCCUAUUAGCGAUAAAAUGCCUUGUGGGCAUAUGUUAAAAGAUAUUGAAUGCUGGAAAGUUCAAAAUGGAGAAUUUACAUGCCAUAAUCUGGUUGAUAUUACACUACCUUGUGAACACACAUUAAAAAAUGCCGAAUGUUGGCAAAACAAAACAAAAGGAACAAUCAAAUGUGAAACUACUAUUGAUACUGUAUUACCUGAUUGCGGUCAUACGUUAAAAAAUGUUGAAUGUUGGAAAGUUCAAAGUAAAAUGAAAUUCACAUGUAACUUUCCGGUUAAAAAAAAAUUACCUUGCGGUCAUACAUUUAAUAUUAAAUGUUGCAUUAAAGAUCAAACUGAAAAUAUACCUAAAUGUAAUCAUCUUGUUGAUAUUAAAUUACCUUGUGGUCAUACAUCAAGAUCUGUUGAUUGUUGGAAAAUUAAAGACAACGUAGAAAUCAAAUGUAUUACACCUAUUAAUUUUACAUUACCUUGUGGACAUAUAUUAGAGGAUAUUAGAUGUUGGCAAAGUAAAAUUGAAAAUAUACCUAAGUGUAAUAUCCUUGGUAAUAUUGAAUUUCCUUGUGGACAUACGGUAAAAAAUGUCGAAUGUUGGAAAAAAGCAACAAUCAAGUGUACGGAGCAAAUCGAAAUAAGUGUGCCUCGUUGUGAACACAUUAAUGUCAUCCAGUGUUCUGAGUUAGUUAACGGUAUUCAAUGUAGAAACAAUUGUGGAAUACAAUUGGAAUGUGGCCAUGAAUGUUUAAAUAAAUGUAUUAAAUGUCAAGAAAAUUCUAUACCACGAAAUUCCAAAAUCAAAAACAAAUUAAUAGAGCGAAUAAACCAUGGAGAAUGCAAGUCUAAAUGUAAUAGGUUAUUAUAUUGUGGACACAUGUGUGAUGAGAAAUGUUCCCAUAAAGGUGAAUGUCGGCCAUGUAAUAGUAAAUGCGCAGUAUCAUGUGACCACAAAACGUGCAGUAAAGAUUGUUUAGAACCUUGUGCUGUAUGUGCAAAGAAAUGUUCGUGGGAAUGUAGGCAUCGAGGAAAAUGUGAAUUAAGCUGUGGAAUUCCUUGUGAUAGAUUACCUUGUAAUGAAAGAUGUGAUAAAAAAGCGAGAUGUGGUCACAAUUGUGCUGGAAUUUGUGGUGAAAUUUGUCCUACUCAUUGUGCUGACGCUAACUGUGUUCCUAAAAGAAUCAGAUAUCAAGUAUCAGAUAUAUUCAAUAAAACUACGUUUAGUAAGGUAGAUUGGAAUAAAGAAAGGAUGGUUGCACUUCCUUGUGGGCAUAUAUAUACAAUGAAAUCUAUGGAUAAGCUUAUGGAAAUGAAAGAAUAUUAUGGAGGUUCAAUUGAAAGAGGAUGGACAUUAGUUAAGUCGUUACCGACUUCAACAAUCAUAAAAAGGUGCCCAGCAUGUCAAACAUCAAUUAGGAAUAUUAGAAGAUAUGGAAGAAUAAUUAAAAAUUACACAUUGGAAAUACAGAACAAGAAGUUCAUAACAAAAUAUGAUGGUGAAUUAAUAAAAAUUGACAAACGUAUUAUUGCAUCCUUUAACGAAAUGAAAAGAGGAAGAAAAAAAUUAAAAAAAGACUUAUGUGACAUUUCUAAAUUUAAAAACAGAAUAGAAUUUAAGGUUAUAAAUAAAGGAUUGCCAGAAAUUACACCUUAUCAAUAUUUUGAAGGUAUUGCACAAUAUCAUGGAUUUGAUGAAAAUAGUCAACAAGUUUGGCUUAGUCACGUUAACAAAUUAUUAAGAAGCUAUUAUAACUUAAUUCCCAUUAUUCGCGCCGCCAAAAACACACCUCAUAAAAAAGCUUUCGAAGCAAAUUUAAAUACAACGGGAGGAUCCAGAGAUUUAACUUACAAACAACAAUUAGAUCAUAAGGUUUAUUCGAUUUAUGUAGAUGGUGUUUUGAAAGUUAUCGACAUACAAAAAAUCUUACAUGAUGAAAUUUUAUUCAUAAUUCAAGAAUUAUCUUUAGUAACUAAAGAUGUUACAACUAUUAAAGAACUUUGGAAAAAAUUUGAUGAAAUAUUAAAACAAUCUAUUCAAAACCAUUUACGUUUAAUUAAAGAUGUGGCAAAAUCUACUGAUUAUGGUAGUUAUUCACUUUUAGUUAAUGUAGAAAUAUUAGAAUGUGAUUUUAUCAUGCUUAGAAAUCCAUAUAGUAAUAAUUCCAUUGAUAAAGCAGAAAUUAUAAAAAAGUGUGAAGAUAUUAAAAGAAAUAUCAAGGAUAUAUCUGAAAAUUCCAGUUACGUAAACGCCGAAGAAAAAUUUAAGAAGAGUAUUCUCGAUAGAUUAGAUAAAUUGUGGGAUAACUGUGAUAGAGUAAUUUGA